CACGUACCCCGUCCACCGAAUUGCUUCAUGAUAUUCCGAUCCGAAUUUUUGGCGCUUCACAGUGACGAGACGCAGACAAAAGCUAGCAAAUUGGCUGGGGCGGCGUGGAGAAAGCUCCCCAAGGAGAGGAAGGACCAUUACAAGGAGCUUGCGAAGGACAGGAAGGAGGAUCAUGCGCGUGCGCAUCCUGGCUACAAGUACAAGCCUCGUCGCUCUAAA